UAAAAAUAAUUAUUUUGUUUGGCUAAGCUUAAUAUAUAUUCAUUUACACAUGGUUUGUGCAAACUCUACUUUUUACAACAUUGCAGCAUCAUUAAUAAGCGGAGGGCCUAGAAUAUACAAAAAAGACGCAAAUUCUAUUGCAUCGAAUAAUGAAAUUACGAACGAUAAUAUUAUCAAUUCCGCUGCGAUGAUAAAUCAAGAAAAUUAUCCUUCGGAAACCCACAUUAUUACAACAGAAGAUGGAUACAUUUUAACAAUAUUUCGCAUACCGGGAGCAUUAGGCUCUAUUCCUGUAUUUUUACAGCAUGGACUUUUAGAAAGCUCGUCAGGUUGGCUGAUUGCUGGUAAAAACAAAGCCCUCGCUUAUAUUUUAUCGGAUAAUGGAUAUGAUGUCUGGUUAGGAAAUGCCCGUGGUAAUACUUUCUCAAGAAAACAUCAAACGUUAUCUACUUCUGAUCCACGAUUCUGGAAUUUUAGUUGGCAAGAAUUAGGUUUAUAUGAUCUUCCAGCUAUUAUAACUUACAUAUCAGAAUUAAAAAAUGACAGCUUAUUUUGUGUGGGCCAUUCAAUGGCUGCGACAACAUUUUCCGUUAUGGCUAUAGAAAGGCCAGAAGUUGCUAAGAAUAUUAAGGCAAUGAUUACCUUAGCUCCUGCUACUUAUUUACAUCACAUCAAGGGGCCAGUAAAAUUGCUAUCAUUUUUUUGGAGAGAACUUCAACGAAUAUCAAAUGCCCUGGGUAUAUACGAAGUUUUUCCACGAAAUAUUUUUGUUGAUAAUUUCGCACAAUAUAUUUGUAAAAAACAAAUUUUGCGAAAUAUUUUUUGUAGCAAUUCGUUAUUUUUAAUUGCUGGAUACAAUCCAGAACAACUUGAUUAUUCCCUUUUGUCAAAAAUUUGGAGUGACUUUCCAUCUGGUACGUCAAUGAAAUUAUUUAUUCAUUGGCUACAACAGAUGACUGUCAAUAAAUUGCGUAAGUUUGAUUAUGGAUCACGACUUAAUUUAGAAGUUUACAAUAACUCUCGGCCACCCAGUUAUGAUCUUUCAAAAAUUCAAGUGCCAGUUGCAGUAUUUUGGUCAGAAAAUGAUUGGUUAGUGGAUAAGAAAGAUGUACAAUAUUUUUAUAACCAAAUACCUAUAAAAUUAGGAAAUUAUAACAUCAAACAUAGUAAGUUCAAUCAUUUUGACUUUUUAUGGGCAGUGGAUGCCCCAGAACUUGUUUAUUAUAAAAUUCUCCAAGUGAUGGCUGAUUACAAAAAUCAAAUUAUUAAAUAA